AUGUCGCUGGUAGUCGCUUGGCGCGCGCUGCUGCAGAGCUCAGCAGCACCCGCUACGGCGCAUGCGGCGGCGACAUGGGCACGAGCAGGCCGUGGUGCGGGUGCAUCGUCGCCACCUGGCAGCACAACCACGGGCCUGCACACGUCAGCCGCGCCCGCCAGCCACACGCCCGACCCCUUCACGCAGUCGCUGCAGAGCAAGACGGAGCAGGAGCUGGCGCAGCUGCUGCAGAAGCGGCUGGAGGAGCAGCGGCACGCAGCGGCGGGGGCUGCGGCGGCAGGCGAGGGCAGCGAUGCUGACGACGCCGACGCCAAUGAUGGGAUCAACCCGGAGACAGGGGAGGUUGGCGGCCCCAAGGGCAAGGAACCCACGAGGUUUGGUGACUGGGAGCGUGGCGGCAAGGCGGUGGAUUUCUGA